UACGUCAUCAGUACGAGAAAUGACUAUGUUGUACAAAAAACACGGUAGCUUUUAAGGUUUGCUGCAAACGGAUAACGCGUUUGGCAUGUAACCACCUCCAUCUCGACAAGCAACUCGCCGCUCUUGGAAAUUCCUUCUAUUUGAUUUCCCACAAACGGCGACGCAGCUGGGUAUGUCUGUCAUUUGAAGAAGAACAUUUUCUUUUUAACCGCGCGGAGGCUCUCAAGAGCAUAUAAUUUCUGUGGAGGUUUGAGUUUUAAUCAAAGGUCACAGCGUGAUUCUACUAAUAGCAUCGAAAUCGUACAUGUAGUCCGCCGCUGCUGUCCGCGCCAGACGGAUGAAGAACGGCUUUUGUCCUUAACGGCAAAGUAAAGGGGAUACUUUUAUUAACUUCCACGGUAAAAGAAAAUCUAGGUUACCUGAUCACCGGUAACAGUUGUGCAAUGCAGGCACCAGCCCGGUGCUAGUUCUGUAAAUACAGGAUUCUCCGACUCAACAAGACUCUGUUCCAGAAAACCUAACGUGUGUUCGGACGAAAAUACAUGUAAGCCGUUUGGGUUCUAGUCCAUGAUCUGGUGAAGGCAGACAUGAAGACGUGCUGCUGCUGCUGGGGCCUGAGACAGGGGACGAUAGCCAGCGCUGUCUGGACAUUGGUAUUGGGCUGUUUGAACUCUUGCUAUGGAAUAUAUGCUCUGGUGGCAGAGUACCAAGAUGGCGUUACAAACCCUCAUGCCCAAAUGGACGGGAUCUACUCCAGUCCAGCCGUGCUAGUCAUGAACCUCGUGCUUUACCUUAUAUGGAUAGCCGUCUCCAUAGUUACUAUUAUAGCUGCUGUCAUGGCAAACCGUUUUUUGCUUCUCCCCUGGAUAUUGACGUCAUUCCUUUAUGUAAUCUACACCACAAUACUGAUCAUACUGAUUUGUGUGAAUGAGCCGUCCUCUCCCGUGGCAUGGAUGCUUUUUGUCACUUGUGUAAUAAUUAUGGCUGUGAACAUAUACGCUUUGACAUGUGUCGUUUCCUUCUACAUAGAACUUGGGAAGAAAAGUACAGCGUACCGACACACUAAGGUUCUUGUGACGUCAGAUCACGCUCAGUGACAAUCAAGUCCAGUCUUCGUUCCCUUACGCAAGCGACAUCUAUUGUAUAUUCCCAGACAAUCCACGCAUUUGGACAAAGCUGUAGCAUACACCUGUUUGUCGAUUGCGUAUACAUCGACAGACUGAGGAUUUUGCCAAGGAGCAAAGUAGGGGGGGGGGGGGCAAGGGUAAAAAUAGCAGGAGAGAGAAGUGGGUUCCCGGCACUUCCGAAACUAAGGAGGGCACGUGGUCUAUGUUAUAAGCCUUAUUUUUAAAGACGUGGAUAUAAA